AUCCACCAUCAUUCUCAACCACCGUCGCACCCCACAUUCUCCGACCAAAUUAGGGUUAAUGGACCAAUCAUUCUUAAUCAUGCUUUCCAACCUUCUCCACCUCCAAAAUCAGCUAGACCCAACCACCACAACCACCACCACCACCACCUCACCAUCCUCUCUCCUAACCACCACCACCUCCGCCGCCCCUCUCUUAUUCUUCACAAUCGCCUCCGUCUUAUCCUACAUUUCCACUCGCCGGAAACCACCAUCAUCUCCCCCUCUUUCUCCCUCCACCACUUCCCAGUUCUCCGUUUCCGCUUUUCGCGCUUUGUCCACUGAACGCAUCUGGGCCAUGGAAGCCCCUCUCCGUGACGCCCAAUGGCGGUCCCUUUACGGCCUUUCGUACCCGGUCUUCACCACCGUUGUCGAUAAACUUAAACCGUUUAUCGCCUUAUCGAAUUUGUCGUUACCGUCCGACUAUGCAGUCGCUAUGGUUUUGUCGCGCCUUUCGUUAGGUCUGUCUGCGAAAACCGUUGCUAAAAGGUAUGCCUUGGAGCCUUACCUUGUUUCUAAAAUAACUAAUAUGGUUACUAGGUUGUUAGCUACUAAGUUGUAUCCUGAGUUUAUUAAGAUUCCUGCUGGACGUCGUCGUCUGCAGGAGACUACGGCGUCUUUUGCAGAGAUUACGUCUUUGCCUAAUAUAUGUGGGGCCAUUGAUAAUACUCAUGUUAGGUUGCAUAGCUUGCCUGAUCAUUUGUUGAAUCCUAGUGUUUAUGUGAAUCAGUUUGGGUAUAACUCGGUGGAGUUACAAGUAGUGGCGGAUCAUAAGAAGAUAUUUUGGGAUGUUUGUGUGAAAGCACCGGGUGCGUUUGAUGAUGCUAGUCAUUUUAGGGAAAGUUUGUUGUAUAAUAGGUUGAUUUCCGGGGAUAUUGUAUGGGAAAAAGUUGUCAAUGUGAAAGGGCAUGCGGUUAGGCCGUUUAUUGUUGGAGAUUGGUGCUAUCCGUUGUUGUCGUUUUUGUUGACGCCUUUUUCGGGGAACAGGACGGGGAAUCCUGCGCAGAAUACGUUUGAUGAAGGGUUGAUGAAAGGACGGAAAGUAGUUAUGGACGCGAUUGGGUUGUUGAAAGGAAGGUGGAGGAUAUUGCAGGAUAUGAAUGUGGGAUUGAAUCACGCACCACAGACGAUUGUGGCUUGUUGUGUGUUGCAUAAUUUGUGUCAGAUUGCUAGGGAGCCGGAACCCGAGCUGUGGAAGGAGCCGGAGGAGAAUGGGGCGGUUCCAAGGUUAUUGGAGAGUGAGAAGUCUUAUUAUUAUUUUGGUGAAAGUUUGAGACAGGUGUUGGCUGAUGAUCUCUAUCAAAGACUUUCUUCAAGAUGAUUUACGGGUUCUUCUGUAAGGUUUUCUUCUUGUAUUUUGGUUUUACGCUUGUUGUAAGUUUGGUCUAGGAUCAAUGAGUUUAAUAACUGUGUUUAACCUUUUGCGAAUAAGUAGUGUGUAAUCUUGUAUGUAAACAGGUAUUAGUUCAUGUAGUUAAUUGAGACAAGCUAACUCAAGCAUGGGAAAAUUAAUACCAUGAAGUAGAUUUCCAUUCUGUUAAAAGUUUGGUUUUUAUGCAUAUGUAUUUGUAGCUUAUUUAAAGUUA